CCCCUCUAAACAUAACCCAUAAUGUCUAACCCUGCAAAGCCUAUCGAAGACCCUGACCUCGACUCCGAAGAAGACGACGAGGACUUCAUCCCAGACGCCACCGGAGCUCAAGUCGAUUCCGAGAACGGCGACUCAUCCGACGACGAGGAUGAACCCCCAAAAGUCGAUGACGCCGGUAUUGACUCGGGGGACGAAGCCGUCGCGUCGUCACUCGGAAAGCGAAAGCGAAAGACUAAGGGAGCUGAGGAAGAAGAGGGUGGCGAGGGAGGGUUGAUCAAGACCCGUGCACAGCGGGCGAGGGAACAUCAGGAGAAGAAGAGUGCUGUGGCAAAGGGUCCGGUGACGCAGGAUAUCAACGCGUUGUGGGCUGCGAUGAACUCGAAGCCGUCACCAUCACCCGGUCCUGCUACCACGUCACCUUCCAUUGCUACAGAGUCUACUCCAGGACCAGUUGGUGACGCACCAGCACCAGCACCUUCCUCAGCGAUAGCAUCAGCAGCGGGAGCUCCCGUUCAUGACGAGGGUGCCCACUUGAUCAAAAUCAAGCGAACAUACGAAUUCGCCGGCGAGACAAUCACCGAAGAAAUUGAAGUCCCAGCCGACUCCGCCUCCGCCCGUGCCUACCUCGCCUCAACGAAAUUCCCCACCACCUCCUCCUCUGUCUCCACCACCCCUACUCCCUCCCUCGCCGCCAGUACCAGUGCAAGUACUGCCUCUGGUACACUUCCACCAAAACGCGACCCACCCCGCAAGCGCGUGUCAGCCCUCGAAUCCGCCUCCACCAAAGCCCCAAAACUAAACACGCUCGAGAAGUCGCGUCUAGACUGGGCCUCGUACGUCGAUAAAGAAGGCAUAUCCGAGGAGUUGAAGAAACAUAACAAGGAUGGGUUUGUCGAGAAACAGGGGUUCUUGAGGAGGGCGGAGGAGGCGAGGGUUAUGGAGGUUAAGGAGGGGCAGAGGAGGGAGGCAGAGGAAAGUAGGAGGAGGGCUGGGUUGCCGUAGUUUAGGUUGGGUGCGAGCAGAAAAGUUGCAGAUUUGAGAGGGAUAGGUAUCGUUUGCUCGGUCUAAAUUGGAGUUGGAAUUGCCUGUGGUCGUAAUACGACAGGUGCACAGCGUCCUUAUCAGUCACUUUAGGCAACGAAGUUGAAUAUACAAGACUAUUACAGCUGGUACCUAUCAAAGUACUGGUUAUAGCUGGUUGUGAAGUCGAUGAC